AGAAACAGUGCAAGAUUCGGAUUGCUACUUUUUUUUAUGAUAGUAACAUGGCCGCACAAGCUAUGUUAAUCAGUUGCAGGAAGGAAGAGUAGCAGUUUCCCUGGUUUUAGUAUCAGUAGAAACUUCUUGCAACCUGACUCGCUUCACCGACCUUGUUACCUAUAAAACCACCUCUGGUCGUCUUCUUUUCCACCUUCCAAUCACAGUUUAAAGAAGAGAAAGAGAAACUGGUAGAGGGUUUCAAGAGGAAAGCAAGAUGAGUUACUACAGCCAGCCGCAGCCUCCAGUCAGUGUUCCUCCUUCUCAGGGGUAUCCUCCCAAGCAGGCUUACCCGCCGCCAGGGUACCCAGUGCAGGGAUAUCCGGCUCGGUCCUAUCCUCCUCAGUACUACACAACAGCGCCUCCUCCACGGCAAGAUACCAGCUUUCUUGAAGGAUGCUUAGCGGCACUCUGUUGCUGUUGCCUUCUAGAUUCAUGCUUCUGAGGGGAGAAUCAAGGCCUAGUGCAACUCAGCCGUGUAACUUGUCCAUAGUUGGAUUGCUGUUACAAUGGUUACUUAUGCAGUAGAUUCAAUCAAGGGAAAAAUUUACUUUUGCCCCCAUGUAUUUGGAUUAGAGUCUGGUGUCAAAUUUGCAAACAUUGUUUGUUAAUAGAUAUGUGUGCUCUGCUCUUCAAUAUAUUACCAGAAGCAUAUUUUCAAUGUCCAUAUGGUUGCUUCCCCAUGCAUAUUUUCAAUAUAUCUCACUUUCAUUG